AUGUCAAGCCAUAGAGGGAAUGGAGAGAAGAGCCAAGAGACGGUUGCGGUAGCCAUCGACAAAGACAAAGGGAGCCAAGCUGCAUUGAAAUGGGCUGUCGAUCAUCUCUUGGGCAAAGGCAAAAAUGUCACCCUUGUUCAUGUCAAACUCAAGAGCUCUUUCCCACUGGGAGGUAGAAUGAGUUUCUCUGACAACGAGUCAUCAAAAGAACUGUUCCUUCCUUUCCGCUGCUUCUGCACACGCAAGGACAUUCAAGUGCAUGAAGUGAUACUAGAAGACUCGGACGUAGCAAAGGCCCUGAGCGAGUACGUCAAGAACAACUCCAUCGAGACACUGGUGAUCGGUUCCUCACCCAAGAAUGGCUUUGUCAGAAGAUUCAAGACGGUUGAUAUUACAGGCAACGUGACGAAAAUGGUGCCAGACUUCUGUACCGUCUACGUCAUCUCCAAAGGGAAGGUCGCGUCAUGCAGAACUCCCUCAAUUCCCCCUCAAAGAGAGCGUUCACUUCAUAACUCGGGUAGCCUGCAUGAUUCACGCAACGCACAGCUCAAUGGAGGACGGGGUAGUACGUCAUCACCAUAUUCAGGUAGGCCAUCAAUGGAGGAAACAGAUUCAAUCAGGUCACCUUUCACCAGAGGCAAAGCUAAUCGGUCGUAUGGAGAGCUUCCUAUGGGAGAGAGCGACAUAUCAUUUGUGGGCUCAGCUAGGCCAAGCAGCGAUCGCAUGAUGUCAGGAUUCGAUCAGGAUCCCUUCGUUCCAGGCCGUCUCUCCAGCGGCUCUGACAUAGAUGGCCGGUUGAGUUUUGGAUCUCCAUUCUCCAAUGCUAGAACAUCUGAUGCAACCAACGGUUUUGGAGUCUACUCAUCCAACUCCCAGGAAAGUGGAGACUUUUCGUGGUCCGGUUCCCAAAACAUGGAUGAUGUGGAAGCAGAGAUGAGAAGGCUCAAGCAGGAGCUCAAACAGACAAUGGACAUGUAUAGCACAGCUUGCAAGGAAGCACUCACCGCCAAACAGAAAGCAUUGGAGCUUCAUCGCUGGAAAGUAGAAGAACAAAAGAAACUCGAGGAGGCACACCAAGCUGAGGAAGCGGCAUUAGCAAUUGCAGAGAUGGAGAAACAAAAAUGCAGGGCUGCUAUUGAGAAAGCAGAAGCAGCUCAGAGAAUAGCUGAACUCGAAGCACAAAAAAGAAUCAAUGCUGAAAUGAAGGCACUGAAAGAAGCAGAUGAGAAGAAUAAAGUGCUGGAUAAGUUGUCACAAAACGAUGCUAGAUACCGCAAGUACAGCAUUGACGAGAUCGAAUCAGCCACAGAGUACUUUGCAGAAUCUCGUAAAAUUGGGGAAGGUGGAUAUGGGCCAGUUUACAAGAGCAGCCUAGAUCAUACAGAAGUUGCAAUAAAGGUUCUUCGCCCGGAUGCAGCCCAGGGAAGAUCACAGUUUCAGCAGGAGGUUGAAGUUCUUUGUUGCAUUCGACAUCCUAACAUGGUUCUCCUCCUAGGAGCAUGUCCAGAGUACGGGUGCCUUGUCUAUGAGUACAUGGCUAAUGGAAGCUUAGAUGAUCGCCUAUUUAGGCGAGGAAACACUCCAGUGCUCCCUUGGCAACUCAGAUUCCGUAUAGCUGCAGAAAUAGCCACUGGACUCCUUUUCCUCCAUCAGGCAAAGCCAGAACCACUUGUACACAGAGAUCUAAAACCAGGCAACAUUUUGCUUGACCGCAACUUUGUGAGCAAGAUAAGUGAUGUUGGAUUGGCCAGGCUUGUUCCCCCUUCAGUAGCUGAUUCAGUUACACAAUAUCGAAUGACAUCAGCUGCUGGAACAUUCUGCUACAUAGACCCCGAAUAUCAACAGACCGGAAUGCUUGGCCUAAAAUCUGAUGUAUACUCACUUGGGGUUAUGCUGCUCCAAAUUGUAACAGCCAGAUCCCCAAUGGGAUUAACUCAUCAUGUUGAGAAGUCCAUUGAGAAGGGAACCUUCGCUCAGAUGCUUGAUCCAGAAGUUCAUGACUGGCCUGUCGAAGAGGCCAUAACUUUUGCCAAGCUAGCACUUAAGUGCACGGAAUUGAGAAGAAAAGACAGACCUGAUCUUGGAACUGUGGUGCUACCCGAACUGAACAGAUUAAGAAUGCUUGCUGAAGAAUCCAUGCCCAGCUAUCACUAAUUGUAAAAAACCGAACUCUUGAUAUGAUCUGCCCUCUUCUUCCAUAUAACAGCCUCUUGAUCAACCUCAGAAGUUAUACUCGGAUCAUGUAGGCAUAAAAAGGCCUUUUAGUGGCUGGAUGCAUACAAUACAGAAAUCUAAAGACAGCCACCUAACACAUUUUUGUUGGUUUUUUAAGACAGACAUCUUUUUUGCACCUUACUCUGGUUCAGAUUUUGUGUGUAUGAUUUUUACAAAUCUAAGAAUGAAGAUCAAUUCUAUUCCUACAGCCUUGCAGCUAUAUGUUAGUUGUCAAUCUGACUCAAUCAAAAGAAUCAAAUUCUUGUAAUUAAAAAUCCCCAUGUACAAAUGUGUAAUAUGUUUGCCAUAGAAACCUUGACUUCAAGUACAGAAUCAUUCUCGUGACAUAACCAAGUUUUAUUAUCACUACUUUGUUUAAACUUACA